AGAAAUAAAUCAACAAUCAAUUUAUUAGAUGUGUUGUAUGCUUAAAUAAUACUAAGAAAUAUGAAAAAAUGACUGAAUUUAACAUAAGUGGUAUCUGUCGUUGUUGUCACACUCAGGGUACAUUCAAAAGUUUAAGCGAUUCAUACCUUUACGAGGGACGUGAAGAGGUCUAUUUAAAUAUGUUACAACAAGCUUUUAAUAUAGAUAUCAAACCAACACAAGAAGUAUCAGCAGCAUUUUCAAUUUGCGAUAUCUGUACACCGCGGUUAAUAGAUGCAUUUCUCUUCCACCAACAGGUGUUGUCCUGUGAACAAUCAUUUUAUCAAUAUUAUAACACACAUUUCAAAGCAAAAUUCUGUGAUAAGGAAAUUAAAAAUGAAGUUACGGAGCAAGCAACUGAAGUGAAGCAGGAAUCACAAUUUGAUCAAAAUGAAGACAGUUCUGAGCAAAAGUUUGAUGAUGAUACAUUCAGCGACAGAGGGGAUGUUGAUGAUCAGCCCUUGUCCACCCUUAGGAGUCACUCUGCUGAAGAUACAAGUUGGAUGCAGCUCCCUGUUGCUGAAGACAACAAAACGCCUCAGAGAACGAAAUCAAAAAAGUUCAGCUGUGAGAUAUGCGACAAGAAGUUUUCCUACAACGGCUCGUUGGAAGUGCACAGACGGGUGCACAGCGGCGAGAAGAACUACCUCUGUCGCAUCUGCAACAGCACAUACAGCCUCAACAAAGAACUUAUUAAACACAUAAACACGACACACUCACAAAAUGGAUCGUUUCCCUGCACAGUUUGCGCAAAGGUCUUCGAAAAAGCGCGCCUGCUGAAGAACCACCUGUCUGUGCAUUUCGGUGACGAGAAGUUCAAAUGCAGCCAGUGCGAGAAGGAGUUCCAGAGGAAGAAGGGCUUGAAGGAACACAUGAAGAUACACACGGGCGAGAAGAACUUCACGUGUACCAUUUGCAACAAGUCGUUCGGCCACAAUCAGACCUUAAAGUCGCAUAUACUGACCCACACGGGGGAGAGGCCGUACGUCUGUGACGUGUGCGGCAGGAGGUUCCCCCAGCGGACGCAUCUGAAGCGGCACAUAUUCAUAAUUCACACGGGAAUCAAGCCCCAUCGCUGUAAAGUGUGCAAUAAACAAUUCUCUAGCAAAAGUUACUUGUCGAUACACCAGCGGCAGCACACGGGAGAGCGGCCGUUCGCGUGUGACGUGUGUAAGAAGGACUUCACGGCCUACACCACGCUCAAAGUCCACAUGCGAGUCCACACCGGCCUCAAGCCCUACGUGUGUUCGUUCUGCGACCGUCAGUUCGCGCAGAUGGCGAGUUUCAAGCUGCACGAGCGAACACACACGGGCGAGAGGCCGUUCUCUUGCAAAGUCUGCAAGAAAGCGUUUUCGGAUAACGGCUACUUGAAGAUCCACAUGCGCGUGCACACGGGCGAGAAGCCCUUCAACUGCGACGUGUGCAAGCGGUCGUUCCGGGAGACGGGUCAGCUGAAACGGCACAUGCGGGUGCACACGGGCGUCAAGCCCUACACGUGUAAAGUCUGCAAUAAACAAAUCGGUAAUUUAUCGAAACACAUGCGCGUCCAUUCGGACGAAAAACCGUUUAAUUGUAAUGUUUGCAACAAACAGUUCUCAAUAAACGGCAAUUUGAAGUUGCACAUGCGCGUGCACACCGGCGAGCGGCCGUUCAGCUGUGACGUGUGCAACAGUCACUUCACACAGAGCAGCGGUCUGAAAAGGCAUAAAUGUGUUCAUAUUGGCAAAAUUGAUUGAGAUGUAAACACACUAGAAAUAAGAAGUAGAGUAAGCUUAUAAAUGAAAAAAUCUUAUAUUCAUUUAACAUAUACAGAUUAAAUUUGAGAUAAAAAAAUAUUGUGGCAGUGAAUAAAAUGUUUAAUAAAGUUCCUAAAUUAAAAAAUAGUAAAUGAGGCUGCAUGGUGACAUACCUUUGCCUGAUACAAAUUUGGGUGAGUAAAAUUAAAAAUAUGAAUAUAUUAUUUAUUGAAAAAUAUUUAUUUCAGGAAUCAUGGCGCAUAUAAUAAUUCAAAAAUUAUAAAUACUAUAUAAUAGCUUAAAGGGUAAAAUGCCAUAAACAUUACACACAGUCAUCAAUUGAAAGGUUUCGUUGCACGACGGUUU